CUUGAACAACUUGGUUUUAAAAAUAUGAGUAGAGAAGAAAGAUUGUCAGCUUUUAUACGUGAGGUGUCGACUGAAGUAAUUGAUAUUGAUAACAAUUCAUCAGAAGUAAUCCCUCAGAAUCAGCCCUUAGAGCUUCUACACAAAUUAUCUUGA